ACCGUAGAGCCCAAGUUCAUGUCUCACCAGCCUACCGUCUCACUCAACACAUGUAACAGGGGAAAUAACGGGAAAACAAACACGACACAUUUUAUUUUGAAUCGAUUACUCAUUCAACAUCUGCUUCCAGAUGAGACCACAGGCCUGUAGGCAUAGCAGGCCUGUUUAUUAUAUUUUUAAAUAGCUCCUAAAAAAAAACAAACCUGUGUUUGGACCGUGAUUUUUGUUUUGCCGAGAGGAAACCUAACCCAAAAAGCGUCCAGCCUUGGCUUCCUCCGAGCAUCACCGUCCACAGCAGCAGCACCAGCCCUGCCAAAGCGCCUCUCCCACGGUUCCACGGACAUCAGUGGCAGGUGAGCCCGAGGAGAUCAGCUCAGUCUCCCGGCAACCUGGUUCCCAGGAGCCGCUGAAUUCCGUCUCUGCUGCUACUGACCCGUCUACCGCAUCCAAGGAGAUGGCUGCAACAAAGGCAGAGCUACUUUUGUCCGCCCUGCAGAUAUCCGACCCCCUGGCCGGCUUCCCUCCUCCUCUCUCCCCGCUGGACGGCUACCCGAAGCUGGAGGAGCUGCAGAUGCUGCUGCAGAGCGCCGCGGCGGGGGGCUCACUGCUGGCCGCAUCGGCCGCAGAGGGAGCCGGGCUGCUGAGCGGGGACCCGGCGGACUUCGGAGACUCCUUCCCAGAGCUGUCAGUUGGUUAUGGUGACACCAAAGGCCUUCCAGACCUCCAGAACCUCUCCUCUCUUCCAUCGCGGCUGCCUCCUCUCACCUACAGUGGGCGCUUCACUCUGGAGCCCACCACUGCCAGCAGCAGCAGCAGCCUGCUGACAGAGCCUUUCCUUAGCCUGGUCACCGGGUUGGUCAGCAUGGCCACUUCCCCUUCUGCAGCCUGCAGCCUCUCCUCUACUUCCUCAGGGUCCUCCUCGUCACCAUCUUCAUCCCAGCCCACCUUGAGCUCCGUCCAGAUCAGCGACAGCUCUGGCGACGUCAGUUCAGUCUAUUCUGCAUCGCCAACAUACACCUCCUCAGCUAACUCGGAUCUCCUCUUCCAUCCUCCUGACUCUCAGCCAGCCUCCCAGGCCUUCCCUGCACCUCCAGGCCAGCCACAGUGCCCUCCUCCUGCCUACCCAAGCCCAGGCUCCAGGCUGGCACUCCAGAGUCCCUCUGUCAUGGUGCCCAUGCUCCCUGACUACCUCCUGUCCCAGCAGCAGCUGCAGGAGAGCGAACUCAGCCUGUUGGCCCAGGACCAGAAGCCUCUACUCGGCCAGGUGCAGGGCCUGCAGAGCCUCACCCUGCAGCUACCCCAGCAGCAGCAGCAGCCUCCUCUCACCCCACUGUCCACUAUUAAGGCCUUUUCCUCUCAGAUACAACCUCAGCCUCACAGCCUGCUGGCUCAGGGCUCCGCCGCCGGUUCGGCCUACCAGUCUCAGCCUGCCAAGCCUGGGCGGGCAAGGAAGUACCCAGUGGGCCGGCAGUGUAAGACGCCGCCCCACGAGCGCCCCUAUGCCUGCCCUGCCGAGGGCUGUGACCGCCGCUUCUCUCGAUCAGACGAGCUGACGCGCCAUGUCCGGGUGCACACUGGCCAGAAGCCAUUCCAGUGCCGCAUCUGCAUGAGGAGCUUCAGCCGCAGCGACCACCUGACCACGCACAUCCGCACGCACACCGGGGAGAAGCCCUUUGCCUGCACCGAGUGUGGCCGCAAGUUCGCCCGCAGCGACGAGCGCAAGAGGCACGCCAAGAUCCACUUGAGGCAGAGAGACAGGAAGACGGACAAAAACCCUUCCCCUCCCACCUCGUCCUCCUCUUCCUCUGCUCCUGUCAGCAUCGCAGACCCUUCCCCCGUCCCCGUCUACUCCUCCCCUCCCACCUCCUCCCCCUGCUCCUCCUCCUACUCCUCUCCAGGGCACAGCUCUUUCACCGCUUCUCCUGCCACCUCGCUCUUCACCAGCUCCUCCUCCUCCUUCUCUUCACUCAAUGUCCAGGUGGCCUCCCCCUGUUUCACCUCUCCCUCAUCAUCGUCACAUGUCUACACCUCCUCCUCCUCUCCCCAGCUCUACUCCUCCUGCUCCUCUCCCAUGGGGAGUCCUCAGUCUGACGUCCCGGCCCAGCUCCCCUCUCCCCACAGCUCUGACAUCUGCUGAGGCCCAGGAAGCUUUCUGUGUACAGAACAUGUGGAGAAAUGUAGGAAAGAGACGGUGACCUGAAACACUUCAUUUUUUUGCACCACGAUUCUGCUUUAUUGGACAGUUUUAUGUGGAAGAAUGACAGGAAGAGAGAGAAAGAGAGAGAGAGAGAGAGAGAGAGAGAGAGAGGGCUGGAUCUCUGCUUGGGAACCUCAGAGGUGUGUUCUGUCCACCAGCGCUCAGCAUCCUUCCAUCAGGUCUGUGGCACUUCAGUCGUGAAGCUCUUUCAACAAAGUGUCCUUCCCAACCCCCCACUUCUUUUUUUAUUCCAUUUCAUCAACAUAUUCCCACCAUGAGCACUUUUCAUCCUGGUUUGUAACAGCACGUCAGCCAUGGCUCUUAGAAAAAAAAAAAAAAAAAAAAGACUUGAGCUUCAUCUCUCCAAAUCAGCUGUACAGACGGACCCAGACCAGUCUAGUGCACCGUGAGCCAUAAGGGCAUAUUCCCAUCUUUCUCUCUUUUUUCCCCCCAACUUAACUACAGCUGCACUAGCCCACUGUUGUCUUACCCAUGGGCAUUUUGCUCAACGAGGCUAACCUUGUCCAGUUCCUGUGACUCUCAGUUCAAGCUUCAUCUUCCAGAAAGCUUGUGAGGCAGACACUUUGAUGAGUUUGAAGUGUUCAAACAGUCAUGGCCUCAUCUUCAAGUCUGUAGAUCCCAGUGCAGCCGCAUUGGGCACGCAGCACGUUUACUUCUCUCCGCUUGGUGCCAUGUUGGAUUGGCAUUUAACACUUUAGGCUGGUUGCUGCCACUCUUAUGCAGACUAACCUAAUAGGGAGUGCAACCGCUUAAUAAUCUGAUUGUUAAAACAUGAAACACAGAUGAGUUUAACUACUAACCACCAGCCUGGGGCGAACAUGUUUGACUCCUUUACUAGACAUUUUCGUGGGUCACCAGUCAUUUGGAAACCCUCUUUGCAUUGUAUAAACUUGUAUCAUUGGAAAAAUAUUGAAAGUGGCUGGUUUGUUUUGGGAUGUGCCAGGCCACCGUGGUUGAGGAACUAAAACUUCAGUUUCCUGUUCUCCUCUCCAGUAGAGUUGUUACGCCACACAGUCGGCAACUUCAACACAGCAUGCUGGAAAUCAACCAAAGUAUGUAGUAAAUACAGUGUUUCCUAUAAUAUAAUUCCUAUAAUUUGAUGCCUUUAAAGAGAGCUCACAGCAAGUAAAACUUUGUAUUGGAUGGAUGUUUAGCACCAUGUAAAAACCUCUUGUUAUAUGCACCAAAGGGGAGAUUUUUCAAAACAAGCCAACCCCCAAAAUUGUAAAUGUAUGUAUUUUUUAAGUGGAAAUGUAUAUACUUGAUGUUAUGGAUAUGUACAAGUACAUCGGGUGUACAUAUUAAAAUACCGUGUUUAUUUUUUUUUACCUACUGAGUAGGCAGGGGAAUUUUGUAUGUGGUUUACAUGCAGGUCAUUAUUUGGUUGAUUUUGAUACUUAUUUACCUGUGUUUACUGAAGAUACUGAAUGUGCAUCUCUGCCAAGGAUAUUGACUGUAUCACAUCAACCUUCAAGCAAAAAGGUGUAUGAAUAAAACCAAGAAAUCCUA